AUGGCGUUGCCACCAUCCGCUGCGGCUGAGCAGAACUGUCCAUCCGAUCAUAGCAGCAGCAGCAGCUCAGCGACGCCAUCGGAUGCGAUCGGCGCACUCCGGACCACUCAUGGAUCGACACAGCUUGCUGCUUGGCUCGAUCACCACGUCGUCACUGCCACUUCCAAUGCCAAUAUUGAUUCCACUGUGACAACCUCGAAUCUGGACGCCACUGCUGCAGCACUGCGCCAACUCUCCCAGUCCUUGUCCUCAGUCCGCGACGCAUCCCGCACCGAGCUGGAUCAAAGCAUCACCUCGCUCGUGUCUACCAUACCCAAAAUUGGCAUCGAGCUCAGACUUAUGUCAGAUGCAGCAACCGCCCUUCGAUCUCGAGUCGACUCGCUCCAAAGCCAAACUUCCGCCAAGGACACUUCUACUGACCUUAUGCUAGCUCGCAUCGCAGCGCUGUCCAAAGCCAAAGCGGGCCUCAUUGAUGCACGCCAUACACUCCGAGAGGCGCAAGCAUGGUCGACGCUCGAAAGUCAAAUCACAAUGCUGUUGAGCGAAUCAAGAUGGCAGGAAGCUGUCGAGAGAAUAACGAAAGCCACCGACUCGUUGCGUCUGUUCAGUGGCUCCGCAAAGUCGAAUCAAGAAAGGAGUCAUCUGCUUCACACUUUGACCAAAAGGUUGCAAGAUGAGCUGAUCCCUGUUCUACAACAGGCCAUCGUCGAUCGCGAUCGGGACAAGGUGGCUCAGAUGGCCAAGUUGCUCGCGUCCACACACAAUGGAGCGCCUACCUUCUUUCAGGUUUACAUCAAGACUCGAUCGCAGAAUCUGCUCUCCAGGUGGGAGCAGACGGCAUCCGAAACGAGCGAAAAGAGUCUGCCGGCACGGCUCACUUCCCUCUUCGGGGACCUUCUUGCGCUGCUUGGAGAAGAACGCGUCGCGGCGUCUUUGCUCUUCACCGAUCCUAACGUUGCAGCACAGCUCCUCAUCGCUGAUAUCCUCGUCAGGCUCGACCCACCUAUCCACGCAUGCAUACAGCAAGCCACACUUGCUCCCGAUCUCGAAGCUUUCUUGGCGGCGCUGACAGAUGCAUACAAGGCUACUGAAGACGCCGUUCGCGCCGUCAAGUCGAUUCUACCAGAAGCAAAAGCUAGGCAGGACAGCCAACAGGAUGAUGACGCAGGUGGUGCACCAUCGCCCAUCGACAGCCAAUUGCUGACCCUCGAUACAACGGACAAGCCAUGGCUUCAGCUCAUGAUCGAGCCCUUCCUUCCGUAUCAGACUCGUCUCGCCACGUUCGAAACCGAAGCUAUGCAGUCUCGCUUGCAGGCCCUCCAAUCUUCAGACCUAGCUUCCACUACACCCAUCGCCACGGCAUCCUCGCAGGCACUCCAAGUCGCCAAGGCAGCACUCCGUCGCUCGACUGCCUUGACAAAAUCGUUUGCAACGCCAUCACUACUCGCAUCGCUCGACGGCGUCCUUGAAUCCGCAAGUGCACGCGCCCACAUGGAGCUGAAAUCGGAUCUGCAGAGGCUGUUGAACGAGGUGCAAACCCGCAUUCGCAGACUGCAUCUCUCCGAAAACACGAGGCAAGCUGCUCUGACUUACGAUGAGCGGGGUGAGGUGUUGACCCCGAGUGACUGGGACGAGUUCCGCAAAGCAACAGAAAAACUAUCUGCUUGCCGAGAGAGUGUAGAUGCCAUAAACAGUUUGGAAGAGACGAUCGCUUACCAGAUUUCCGAGCUUGCAGCGUCGGCCAAAUUACCCCCAGUGACAGCAGCAGGAGCGAGUUCUGGUCACAGCACGGUCGACUUCACGAGCCCACUGUCGGCUCUGGCAACGUCUUCGCUCAAUACAACCACUCUGCACGAGCUCAUCUCGAAAUCCAAGCGGCUCCUCUCCACUGCUUCCUGGCGAUCAUCUUCGGUGGGGCCACUCUUGCUUCCUCAAGCACGCGCAUCGGUCAUGUCGACUGCAUCUACAGUGCAAGCAUUCCAACAUGAUUUGGUCCUCUCGCAGUUCCUACCAGAGUUGGAGCUGUAUGCUUCGCUGCCGAUCUGGACGUCGAACAAACAUCCGAGCAUCGUCAACGAGUACGACCUCGCCAUGCCCAAAUUCAGUCUCAGUCCGACGGAGGCGAUGGCGAGAAUUGGUGAGGCAAUGUUGAACUUGCCUAGGCUGUUUGAAGGAUAUGCGGACGAGGUAUUAUUGUUUUGUCUCGACGCGGCCAAGGGGACCGGAAAGGAGGCGAAGGCUGCGGAUAGGGAAGAGGCGAAUCCCGCGCAUGCUAGGCAUCCGACUAUGGCGGGGACACUCUCAGCGACAGAUCCAACCGAAAGGUCGACCAUGCAUCGUCAGGCGUUCUCCACCACCACUGUCCCCUCUUCGCACUCGCCAGCUGACUCUCUAACUCCAGCCCAAGAAGCCGACGGCGAAAGCGACGCUAGCGUCCUCUCGACAUACCUGCAUUCCUUGCUCACGCUCUUCCUCACCCGCUUCCUCACUUCCACCUUACCCUCCCUGCCGCGGCUCACCGAAAUCGGCGCCGCACAGCUCGCGGCCGAUCUCGACUACCUCAGCAACAUCUCAUCCGUUAUUUAUUCGGAGAGCGAAGGUAUCCUGCGGUUUUGGAAGAAGGCUGCCGAACUGAGCGGCGAUAUAGGGAGGCUGCUGGUGGCGGAGUAUGUGGUCGGCGUGGGUAGAGGUGGUGUGGAGAGUAGACUGGACGAGAGUUGGAAAGUGGGGCUGGAGGAGUGGGGGGAUGAUCAGGUGGAAGCGCUGGUGAGAUCGGAGGCGUUUAGGAGCGUGGCUAGGUUGAGAGGAUGGAUGUAG